AUGUCGAUAUCCCUGUCCGGUUUCCCUUUUAGUUACGCCGCGGUCGCUGGCGGACUUUAUCUCCUGGGUCUGGCCAUCUAUCGAGUGUAUCUCAGUCCACUGCGGCAUUUCCCCGGUCCCAAAUUGGCCGCUGCGACACAAUGGUACGAGACAUACUACGAGAUGUGGUACCGCGGAGGGGGCAUGUUUACCCGACACAUCAAGGAGCUGCAUGAACAAUAUGGUCCAAUUGUACGGAUCAAUCCCUGGGAACUCCACAUCGAUGACCCGGAAUUCUACGAAACCAUUUAUCCCUCGUCCGCUCCAUUCGACAAGUUAGCUGUGUAUGAAAACCGUUUCGGCAUUCCAUCAGCAGCCUUCUCGACAGCUGCUCAUGCGGUGCACAAGAAACGUCGAGCAGCCCUAAGCCCGUUCUUCACCAAAGGUCGAAUUCAGGCGCGCGCCCCCUUUCUGCAGCAGCUCAUUGAUAAGGUCUGCGAUCGUCUGGAAUCGGAAAAUGUCAAGCAGCAGACACCUCUUGUCCUGAACCAUGUCUUUGCUUGCUUCUCUGCGGAUUCCAUCUUGUCGCUGGCUUUCGGCGAUGAGCCUACUUUCAUUGAUACUCCCACAUGGCAGACACCUUUCGUGGAAGCCAUGGAUGCUCUGGUGAAGUCCACCCACUUGAACAGUCAGUUUCCUUUUAUGGUCUCGGUAGCAAAUGCGAUUCCAGAGUGGAUAUUAUUGAAAACACGAUCUUUUGGACCAGUGGUGCAAUUCCGCCAGUCUCUCAAUGCGCGAAUCGCACGUCUUUUCAGCCCACACGCAAAGGCACAGGAAAUCAAAAACUCAACUGGUGAGAACGCGACCCUAUUCGAGGUCUUGCUCACCUCCUCCCUACCGCCCGAGGAGCUCACCGAAACGCGCCUGCAACACGAAUCUGUGAGUAUAGUCGGAGCAGGAUUCGAUACAACGCGUGAGAUGCUCUCGACAAUCGCGUAUCACGUUCUGGCCAACCCGGAAACCUAUCGCAAACUACGCGAUGAGCUACACACGGCCAUCCCCGACCCAUCGCAGAUUCCUACCUGGGCUCAGCUGCAACAGUUACCCUAUCUUACUGCUUGUAUUGAAGAGGGACUGCGUAUUGGCUUCGGUACGGUGCAAAGAAGUCCCCGCAUUUCUCCAACGCCGUUCACAUACGGCAAGUAUACCAUCCCGCCUGGCACGCCUGUUUCGGAAGAUACUUAUCAUAUGCACACCAACGAGCAUAUCUUUCCGGAUCCGGAUGUUUAUCGUCCGGAGCGGUGGUUGGGAAAUCCACGGGGCCCGGAUGGUGUGAAACAGCUCAGUAGGUAUAAUGUCGCAUUUGGUCGUGGGGGGAGGAUGUGUUUGGGAAUGCAAUUGGCUUAUGCGGCGAUGUAUCUGAUGAUUGCGAGUUUGAUUCGCCGGUUCGAUUUGGAGUUGUUCGAGACGAGUCGCGAGGAUGUGGAAUUUUACUACGAUUGGCUGGUCCCUCAUGCCCGGCUGGAGAGUAAGGGUGUGCGGGUGCUUGUUAAAAUGGCAGCAUAG